GUACAUGUAACUUUACGCACUUAACGCUCGUAUCAGUGACUGAAUUAAGGUACAAAGUGUGAAAUCCACCCUGGAAGAAACCAAUCUGUGCAUGUGAUCUAGCUAUUCUAUCACAGAACAAUGGCACUUUCCAAAUCCCAAGUACCUGAUGCAGCCCAGCACUACUUGGUGUGUGGCACUGAAGAGUGUAAGAAGAACUGUCAGUUUUACUGCAAUCCUUGUCACUUGCAAUUGUGUGAACAAUGCAGAGAUGAACACCAGAAGAGUUCGAAAACCAAGAACCAUGAAGUGGUUUUUUACAGACAACGCCAGCAUCAACUUCCUGUGGAGCAAUGCAAGGAUCACACGACUAGGAAUAUAGACAUGCUAUGUGAGGACUGUAAAAUUCCAGUAUGUUCUAAAUGUGUAAUACAAGACCAUCAAAAACACACACUCAAUGAUUUAGAGACAAUUUAUUCAAAAGGAUUCACUCUUUGCCUUGAUGAGAUCUAUAAAAUCCAUCAAUAUUUUAUCCCAACGUCACAAGAUAUGCAAAAAGUAAUAAUGAAAGAUACCAAAGAAAUAAAAGCAACCAUGGAUAAAAUGCGAACAUCCAUAAUGGCUGAAGCUGAAAUGCUUAAAAGUCUGGUGGACACAGUGUUAUCAGAUAAAAUAGAACAAGUCAACAAAAUGGAAGAGUCACUAAUGGAGGAGCUUCAGAAUCAAGACAAAACUUAUCAUAAUUACAUCUCCUAUCUCAAACACCUUGUCAAAGAGUUCCAUGGCUACCUGUCCUCUGCUAAACUUCAAAACAAUCCAAUCAUUUUUUCUUUUUCUGAUCAGUUAAAAAUCCAACCCAUACCAGAGAUCACCAAACCAGUCCCUCCAGUAUUUACUACUGGUCAUUGCAGCAAGGAGGAUAUUGCCAAAUUACUGGGUAAAGUAACGGUUCCAGAUAUAAAACCAGAGAACAGAGAAAUUAAACCCAUGGAGACUGCCUCUACACAGUUGAAACUUAGAGAGAAAGAGAUGAAACAGGUGGGAGAAAAAUCUGACGUGAAACCAACACUGUCUUUGUCUUCCUUUGUCACCAAGGUCAGGGAGUACAAAGUAACAGGUGUUGACUGUGUAUGUCAUAUAUCACUAGGUAAAUCAGGCAGACUUUGGGCCAGUGACAGAAAAGGUAACCUUGUCCAAACAGAUUUACAGGGGAAUCAGCUAAAGAUACAAACCAGUGGUGGAUCUGAGGGCUACCACACAGUCACACAGAAUGGGGAUCUGAUCUAUGUAGACAAAAAGAACAGAGUCAUCUAUAAGAUAAAACAGAAAAAUACAAUCAUUGAAUUCAUUAGAACAAGAGACUGGGAACCAAUCAGUAUAUACUCCUCCAUCAUCAACGGGGACAUAUUAGUGGGGAUGAUAAAGGGUAUAGAGGCUAAAGUCACCAGGUACAACAAGACAGGAGAAGAAAUACAGAACAUACAGAGAAACAAAGAUGGACAGGAACUUUAUUGGCAUCCACACUACAUCACAGAAAACUUCAAUGGUGAUAUCUGUACAUCAGACUUAACCAAAAAAGUUGUAGUGGUGGUGAAUAAAUCAGGACAACUCAGGUUCUCUUACACAGAUCAGAGGUCAAAGUCUACUCCCUAUGGUAUCUGUACUGAUCUCCUCGGUCACAUCAUUGUUUGUAGCAGUCGGUCUAUAGUUCACUCAGUUAACAUCCUUAAUUAUGAUGGACGUGUCUUGUCUCGACUACUCACACCACACGAAGGGCUAAUGAGUCCCCUUGGUUCAAAUGUGGAUGACGAGAACAAUCUCCAUGUGGGACAAUGGAACACAAACAAAGUGAAAGUGUACAAGUACCUCCAGUGAUUAUUAUUUACAUAUUUUGACUAAUGGUUUAUUAUGUUUCAUCACUGUCUUUCCAAGUAUGAAUAAAUAUGUGUGUUUUCUAUUUUCAUCUUAUUUAUUAUAAUGUAGGAAAAUCCAAUUCAAAUCCAAUUCAAAAAUUGUGAACUUAUAUUCAUAAAAGAUGUACGCUGUAUAUGUAUUCAUUCAUUUGGAAAAUUAAUGUCCCAUUCAUCAGCUUGUUACUUUGUCAGACAAAAAUGCAUAAUCAAAAUAGUAAGAAACAUUGUAGUACAAUUGUACAUAUUCUCUAUUGUAUUUAUCGUAGCAUUGAACGUCGCAUAUAUUUCAAAUGUUAUUUCAAUUUUUAUAAAUGUAAUACCUUGUCAAUGACAAUGGUAAGAUAUUCAGAGGAUGUAUGCGGAGCGAAUAAAAUGACACAAAUCCUUGGAUCAAAUUCUCGAAUUACAAGUGAUUUAAUUUCUAUAUGUAAACAGAUAGCAAAAUAGGUCACCCUAUUGAUUCAGGUAACCUAAAAAAAAUAGUGAAUGUACAAUAUGAUCUUAUUAAGGGGCGAUUCUUUUAAAACUGAAUUUAUAGCAUUUCCACAAUACAAACAAGAAUCAAAGAUGGUUUAAAAAAAAAAGUAAAGUAUCAUUUGAAGAUGAAGAAGAAA